AUGAGCGGUGUCAUAAACAUGCUCGUUCAUUACCUGCAUGCAAUGGGACAGAUAAGACAUAUUGAAACUGAACUUUAUAUGCCGGCAGAAGCUAAAUGUGGGAUAAUCACUAUGGGAUUUUCGAUUGCAAAUUGA